ACCUGCCUGCAGUUCCUCAUACAGAGGCUGUUCAGUGUCCAUAGCACCCUUCUGGAAAUUUCUCUCUCUCACACACACACACAUCUUACUCGGUCUACAUUGUCCCUGUGUGGAACAGCUGCUUGAGAAGAUGGAUGAGCUGGAUGCCUCUCAGUUGCAGAGAGAAGUUGAGAGUUUGAAACAGCAACUUCAGACCAACAGAGAAAAAUCAUCUGUGACCAUUGCCGACUUGGUGAAGUGGAUUGAAGAGGGCGUGGACAAGGACCCUUUCCUGAAUGCUGAUUCGCUGAGGAGCAAUCCAUGGGUGGAGACUGGGAAAUGUGUGCUUCUCUAAGCCACACCCAUCUGCUAUCGCUAUGGCAACAGAUCUCUAAUAAAACUAUU